AGGGGAGAGGGAGAGGAGAGAGGUCACGUGCAGCCGGAGAGCGAGCGCGAGCGUGCGCGAGCCGGUGGAGCCCUAGCAGCGGCGGCGGCGGCGGCGGCCUGAGAAGGGGGAGGGAAGGAGGGAGAAGCGGGCGGGAUUAUUAUGGGCUGUGGGUGCUGCUGCUGCUGAGCAAAGAUGGAGCUGUCUGCAGUGGGGGAGCGAGUGUUCGCGGCCGAAUCCAUCAUCAAGCGGCGGAUCCGAAAGGGGCGCAUCGAGUACCUGGUGAAAUGGAAAGGCUGGGCCAUCAAGUACAGCACUUGGGAACCUGAAGAGAACAUCCUGGACUCCCGACUUAUUGCAGCCUUUGAGCAGAAGGAACGAGAGCGUGAGCUGUAUGGGCCCAAGAAGAGAGGACCCAAGCCUAAAACUUUCCUCCUGAAGGCUCGGGCCCAGGCGGAGGCCCUUCACAUUGGGGAUGUACACUUCUCUGUCAAGCCUGGCUCUAGCACCUCCUCGCCCAAGCUGCACUCCAGCGCCGCAGUGCACCGGCUCAAGAAAGACAUCCGGCGAUGCCAUCGCAUGUCCCGGCGUCCCUUGCCCCGCCCAGACCCCCAGAACAGCGGGGGUAUGGGCGGGGGGGCUGGCAUACGUCCUCCAGUCUCGCCCUUCUCCGAGACUGUCCGCAUCAUCAACCGCAAGGUGAAGCCUCGUGAGCCCAAACGCAGCCGCAUCAUCCUCAACCUCAAGGUUAUUGACAAGGGCGGAAAGGCCGCAAGUGGAGGAGGGGGCCUGGCCCGGCCAAAGAUCCCCUCACGAAACCGUGUCAUUGGCAAGAGUAAGAAGUUCAGCGAGAGCAUCCUCCGCACCCAGAUCCGCCACAUGAAGUUCGGCACCUUCUCGCUGUACAACAAGCCGUCCACUGCACCGGCCACAUCUCUGGAGGGCAAGAUGGAGGCAGGGGGCUCACAAGGUGCCUCCUGUGGGCUGAUCAUGAGCUCCACCCCUUACGAUGCCCGCAGCUCCAGCUCCUCAGGCUGCCCCUCUCCUACCCCUCACUCCUCCUCCGACCCAGACGAUUCUCCCCCAAAGCUGCUUCCCGAGACCCUAAGCCCUGCCAUCCCUGACUGGCGCGAGUCGGAGGUCCUGGACCUGUCGAUCCCACCAGAAUCAGCGGCCACCAGCAAGCGCUCUCCCCCUGGGGGAUGUGCUGGGGGCCAGACACCCUCAUCGUCCCUCUCCUCUUCUGACCCAGAGCAGGAGGCUGGCGACUGGCGCCCCGAGAUGUCCCCCUGCUCCAACGUGGUGGUCACGGAUGUCACCAGCAAUCUCCUGACCGUCACCAUCAAGGAGUUCUGCAACGCAGAGGAUUUUGAGAAGGUGGCAGCAGGUGGAGGAGGCAGCAAGUGAGAAGUUGGCUCCCUGCUUUGGGGGGGUAGGGGAGGCUCUGCUGGAAGAAGUCCUGGUGUGAAUGGCUGUUGUUAGUUUUCUCCUACUCUCCCCCCUCCCCUUCCCCGGUUCUUUUUCUUUCUGCUCGGAGACUGGGGUGGGAGUUGGAGGGCAGAGGUGUCUGAAGUUCCCAGAUGUCACAGCUGCGAGGGGUUGGGCUGGGGAAUGAUCAUUUGUCUUCAAAGAACAUGUUGUCAAACUGGUAAGGCGCCUGGGCGACAACAGGGUGUAUGUGUUGGGGCUGGGUGGGGAAGGAUCCCCCCCGCAUCUUUUCUGAAGAUAUGGGGGAGCUCCUGCUACUGGAGAGAUGGAUAAGGCAUUUGAAAGGGGCUGUGCUCUCCCCACCUUCCCCCUCUGCCCUGCACUGUGUACACUUCCACUUCUCCAGUUCUUCACCCUGCCUUCUCCCAGGGCAGCUCUGACCCUCUCCUUUCUCUGUGACAUGGGUUGGCUGUCUCUUAUGAUCCAGCUUCAGUAGCUCUGGCUGUAUCUCUGGGAGAGGGACACUAUCGGGGGGAGGGGGAUCAGAAGGUAAAGCAUCAGGGCUAGAACGAGAUUGCAACAGAGCCCGAGUGGGGGGUUGCACCCCUACAACACAUGCCCCCAGCUCACUUCCUUCUUGCUUUUACUAGUGGUGCUAACUUGGCAGUUGUAUGGGCACUUUGAGACCACCUGGGCCAUUCCUCCUCCCUUCUGCUCCUUCCCUUCCAGAUCUUCCAGUCUGCUCAGCUUUGUUGGGCCUGUCACUUCCAGCCUGGAUCUUCCUCCUCAUGUUCAUCAUUUGCACUUGCUCGGGUCUGAGACAUGCUGUACCCUUCCUAAGCCUUUUCUAAUGGAAGUGGGAAAGCCACACAUCCGUCCAUCAAUUCAGGAGGAGCAAUGGCUUGGCAUGACAUUACCCCAGCCAGAUGAGGUCAGCAAGUCUUACCUCCCAGGGAAAAUAUAAGCCUCCUUGGCUCCACUGAAUCGCUUUACAGGCCUUGUGUGUGCGAAGGAAGAUCUGCUACUCUUCCUGCUCGGUUUCAUCUCUUUCUGGUGGGUGGGUUGGAGAGAGUUCGCCACAACCAUUUCCAGGAUCUGAAAUUGCCUCUACAAUUGUCAACCAAAGGUGCUAAGAACCUGUUGUAAGAAUUACCGUGUCUUACAUUUAGUGUGUGUGUGUGUGUGUGUGUGCGCCCGCCUGCCUGCCUGCCUCUCCUUCCCCCGCCCCCCCUACCCCACCCCCAACUCCUUGGUUUUACAUGUUCAGUGUGAAAUUGGAUCUGGAAUGGCCCCCACCCUCUGUAAUUGGAAGCAGGCAAUGAUGUGGCUUUCUCCACUUCCCUGAGACAUGCUCUUAAUGUCCUAGGUGCAGAAGCGCUCUUUGCCAUUCCAUGGCUUGUUUGAUUCUAUGUCAGUGCUGAGCUUCGUGGCUAGAUACCCCUCCCUCACUUCCCCACUCCACUGUUGCUGAAUCUGUGAAACACUGAGGUGUGGGGAAGAGAGGCUGAUACAUUCAGUCUAAAUUAGUGUUGCAGUGAGUGUCUGCCUUGAUUCCAUGACCAUGGGGAAAAAUGGGUGGGGGGCGGGGGGGUGUUGCCUGUUGUGGGAUCCAUAAUUAAUAAAUAUGCCUACAGGUGUGCGUGUACUGGUUGGAGGAGAGAGGAACUCAGCUCUAAGGACUCCUCUCUCACUCACUCACUCUCUCACCCCCCCCCCCCAAAUAACUAAAUUGGGUGGAAUUCACCCCUUUUGUGGUUUUGCCUGCAGACACCCUGGAUUUGAAGGGUAUGUCUACACUACAAGCACUACGGCUGCUGCUACGCCACUGUAGCAUAGACACUUGCUACAGUGAUAGAAGGGGUUUUUCUGUCGGUGUAAAACCACCGCUUCAAGAGGUGGUGUUUGGUUGACAGAAGAAUUCUUUCACUGACCUGGCUGCGCCUACAGUGGGGUUUAGGUUGACCUAAAUACAUUGCACAGGGCACAUCAUUUUUCACAGCCUUAAGCAAUGUGUGGCUAGUUCGAUCUAAUUUUUAGGUGUAGACCAGCCUUAAAACUCACCUACUGCAAAAUAAAUGUCCACACAGAGACUUGCAUCAACAUUUUAAAAAGGUGUGAAUUCAAAAUUCCAGUUUGUGUGUAGCCAAUCUGAGAGAUGAUCCCACUUGUGGUUAGUUGUAUUCCCACACAACCACAACCCCCCCCCCCCCCACACACACACAAAACUGCCCAUCCUUUGUGGGUUUUUUAAACAAAACUUUUAAAAUCCAGCAGAAUAUUUCAAAACCAGUUACAGGGUGGGGGAGACUUCCCCAUUCAUUCAUCAGUCCAAGGCUUCCUGUAAUUUGUUGGAUAUGUACGUGUGUAUGUGAAUUAAUACCUGCCUGUUGUCUUUGCUUUGUUUUGCAUCUUUCCUUCACCUUGCGCAUGCAAGGUUCUCUUAUUUCAUGGUAACUUAUUCUAAUGGCUGCAGCUUCAGAAACAAGCAGGUUGGGGAGAUGUGGGAGAUCUAUAUUGGAAGAAUAACAAGGAGACUUGUGUUAGAGAGACGAUUUUUAAAAGGAAUUAAUUUAUGAGGCUGCAAGAUAAGAGGAACUGUUUUACAAAGUAGAUGCAUGCCAGCCCGUCACUUUUAUUUUUAGGUUGCUUGGUUACUCUUGGCGUGUAUGUGAUGGCGUUCUUGUUUCGUGGUAAUAAAGUUCAGAAAUAUUUGAAAAGUUUAAGUGGGAGAAAAAAGGGAACUUUAAUAGGAAACUCUUGACAUGUUUUAGCCAAGAAAUGUUUACUUGGCAGAGUUUUCCCCCCUCCCCCUCCUCCUGAUGUCUGUUUGGUAUUCCUGGAUUUUUUUCAUAAUGAGGGGUUUUCGCCUUCCUCUGGAGCAUUGGCAAGAGGAUUGCAUGGGGGCUUGGUGACCCUUCUUCCUGGAAUUAUAAAGAGGGGAGAGGAGCACUGGGCUUUGGAGGAACUCGUAUCAUAGAUCAUCUCUCUGUAGGAAGGAAGUGCAAUCCAGUCAGGGGAAGUAGCUUGACUGCUUGUGUCAUCACCCUCCUGGGUGGGUCACCUGUGGGGAUUGAACCCUGAACCUCUGGAUCUAAAAGCAUGAGUCUCUAUUGCUUGAGCUAAAGACCAGGCAGUAGUAGUCUCAUAAAUCUUUGUGUGGUCCAGCCACUAGAGGCUGACAAAACUCCACACUGGUAUGAAUGUGGGUUAUGCUCACCUUCCAUCUCUGAUUUAUUUUUUACUCCCUCCCUACUGGAAGAUAAAAGGGAGGUCCCAUCCAUGCUUUCAGAGAGGGCAUAGGGUUGGAGGGAGUAUGCAAAAGCAUUCCCCCCAAACCAGGGAAACAGUCUUUGUCUGUGCCAUGUUUAUUCUCUUGUUGUUGUGUUUUUAGAGGAGAUUUUAUGAUGGAAAGUGGAAAAAGUGAAAUGAAUAGUUUUGCAAAAAAAAAAGAAAAGAAAAGAAAAAAGAAAAGUUUUUAAAAAAUGAAAUUUCUAUGGGGGAGAGAGUUUAAAAAUGAAUAAUAAAUGCAGUGAUUGCACAAACUAUAGUGGUAUUAGAUGGGUCUUAGAGAAAGGAGUAUUUUGUAGUGUUGAAGUGUGUGUCUGGGAUGGUAUUUGGCUCACUUGAACUGGAGGAGGGUGUCCUUGGGGUAACCAACAAUUUCUGAUUUGAAGAGGCAAGUCCUGUUUUGGAGAAAACCCAUAUAAUUUACCCUUCUCUUCCCCACCUCCCCAAAUGUUGGAGUGGGUUCCAUCCAACAGCACUACCAUUCCCUUUCCCCACCCCUUCUCCAGAAAUUAGAUGGAGGCUUUGUAUUUUUCUCCCCUUCACAGGUACAGUGGUGCCAAAGUUGUUGCAGAAUGGUAAAUCCUGACCUGAUGGGGUCUGGGCCAGGCUGGUAAAAUGGAAAUGGCACGUGAGUGGAGCUGCUGAGAUCUCAGAUUGGCUUUCACCUUUCUUGCCAGAUAACCACCCCAAGAGCAGAAUAAAUGCUCACUUAGAACAAGGCAGAGCUCCCUUCCUUGUCUUAUCAGCUCACUGAUAUAACUGCUUAGUGAAAAUGACAUUUUAAAUACAGAAUUUGCCACAGCAGAACCCGAUGUAGCCCAGUCUAGUUUGGUAUCCCACCUCUGGCAAUGGCCACUACUAGAUCUUCAGAGGAAGGCAGAAACCCCGACAUGUACCUGAAGUUUUGGACAAGUGGGGAGCACCCUCUCCUUGGGAAGGCCGGGGUGUAUCGAGUGCAUGUUGGGGUAAGAGCCAGGGUGGCAUUGGUGGGUUUUUACUAGAGCAGGAUUGUAUUCUUCUGGACUGGGUGGGGGUGUGUGUGAAUGUCCCAUAAUGAUGGAGGGAGCUUUCCCAGCCAAGGCUGCACUGUGUCUCUCUGCUGCAUAUUGUUCAUCUGCUGUGUUGGGGUGACUGUAGGAAAGAGGAUGGGAACCAGACAUUGGCGUCUGAAUGUAAUAAGUUACUAGAUAUGGGACUCUAAGAUUUCUGUCGUGUCAGGGUCUCCUCUGUGCAUUUUGGGUAAAAACAAAACAAAACUGUAUCUCCUCUGUGCUGUUCUUGGGAACUCAUUUUCUCCACUCUUCACCCCUGAGCUCUGCCAGUGCUCCUCUGUCCGGACCUACAGCUUCAGUCCUGAACUGAGCAUAUAUACUAAUCUUCUGCCUUUGCCCAGCACGCCGUUCUGGUCUUUCUGAAUGAAGCUAGCAUAUGGGUAUGGAGCUGACAAGGAUACAAAGCCUUUGCAGGAAUGGGAGGAUGUAUGUAGGCCCAGUGGGGAGUUCUGCCUUCUAAUCUUAGGUGAGCCACUAACUUGCUGUGUAUUUUCAGGGAGUGGGGGAGUGUCUCCGCAUCUCCUGUACUUCAGUCACCCUUCUCCUCCCACCCCAGCUGGGAUGGAGGUAAGGUACCCUCCCUCCUUUACCAAAUGGGUACUGUCUGAGCUGAGUCUUCCUGGGGAGUUAAAUCCCUUUCAUCGCCUCUGCUGUUAAGGGAAGUUUCAGGCGCUUUACAAUAUUCCCAACAGUCAGUCUAACUUCCUUCAUGGACCUGACAGUACUGGGGAUGGAGAGUGGGAACUCCCUAUGGAUAUCCAAGCUAAAGCACAGGUUGGGGUGGGGAGCAGCAGUGCUGGCAGGGAGUCAUUCCCCCACCCUCCACACCACAUCAACAGUGGCAUCUGUGGAUGUGGUAUGGGGGGGAGGAAAAGGUAUUGUAGCCAACUGGGGUGGCCCUUCUCGCCACCAAGAAUGGGUGUCUGGCUAAGUCCUCCAUGUCCCUUUGGAGGAGUUCUUGUCCGUCCCCCACCCCCGCACUUCUAACUCUGAGGCCUUGCACUGUUUGGCCUGGUGUAUCCUUUGCUCCAGUGUUGCUUGCUUUGCUGCUUUUUGGAUUGCCCAAUAAUCAUGCAAGAGCUGGGAUCUUAUUUACUUUUUAUAUGAAUAUAUCUAUAUAUAUAUAAAAGAAUCCCCCACAUAAUCCAUCCCAAUCCUUGUAUCAAACGUAUCAUAGUUCAGAGGGUUGCUCUUGGGGCUGGGAGCUAGGCAUUCCUGGGUUCUUUUGAUUUCCUGUGACCUUGUGCAGUUGCUUCUCUGUCCUUUGCCUCCGUUCCCGUCUGUACCGUGGGGACAAUGCCCAGAGGAUGCUGGGAGGCUAAAUUUAGUAAUGUGCAUAUAGAGCUAUAGAAGGGCUGAGUAUUGCUUCAGAACCAACUCAUUUCUUCCCAGAUAUUUUAUAAAUUCCUUGCAUUGUCACUCUGGCUUUGAAUGAGGGAGCGUUUUGGCCCUCCUCCAAAAGUCCAAUGUGUACAUUUUCUGAGGAGCAGAAUCUCAUCUCCUCGUCCCCACCCUUAUUUUUCCAAUUGCUACGUAACCUCCCCAGGUCAAUUAUCCAACAUCAGAUCUGGGCAUCCCUGCUGCUCCUAGUCGCCCCUCCCCCACAGUGAGGCAGUUGUGUUGACACUGUGGUCAUAUAUGCUCAUUAUAACAUGUUAUACACUUCCAGGGUUGAGAUGGCCCUCAUUGGUUUACAAGCAGUGGGGACUUGCUGGUUCCUUUCCCCCUCUUCCCCUCCUCCCCCGCCCAACAUCUCAGUCAGGUAACAAAGGAAGAUACCAGUUUUUCCAGGGUUGUACCUCUAGCAGUUCUUCUGUCCUUCCCACCUUCUGCUGCCUAGCACAGGAUGAAACCCUACAGGACCGUCCAAAGUUCUGUCUUAGAUGCAGAUCUGCAUCCAAGACAUGCUUUCCACCCUAACAGGACACCUCCAUCUGUUAGGGAUGUUCCACUCAUGUCCCUCAAGGGAGUGCUGUCUGGGAUCUUCUGCAGAGACAGCAUGUUCAGUCUGGGUGGGGCGGUGUGGAGUGCCCCACUUUUGCCCUCUCUGGCCAAUCUAAAACUGGUAUGGGGAAGAGGGUAUUGAGAUAUGAUUGCAACUGGGGAAAUAGUGUGAAAAAGGCAGAGGAAAGAGACAGGGUGAUACCCCAAAGGAGAGCAUCGGUAAGAGAAAUCAGAGUAAUGUGGUCUUAAAUAUUGGCAGUGGUGGGUGAUUCAAGAGAGAUUAAUUUCAUGGGGCAAUGGCAGGUUAAGUAGUUUAAACAUUAAUCCCUAUAUUAACUAAAACCCCAUGAUGCCCUGAUUCAGCAAAGCAUUGAAGCACAUGCUUAAAUCCAUCCCUGUUCAGCAAAGCACUUAAAGCAUGCACAAAACUUUAAAGCAGGUGGUUAUGGAUCUAAGUACUUUUCUGAAUUGGGGCCUCCUACAGGAAACGUAUCUGUUUAAAUCCAAGUACAUUUUCUCCAUUAUUGCAGUUUUCUACUUUGCACUUCUGCUAGGACAGUGAAAAUAGCUUGGUCAGUAUCACUUCCUGGUUCCCCAGGAGUAGCCCGGACUCUUCCAGUGCAGCAGGGGCAGAUGGGUUUCCUUGUUGUGGGGGGAGGAAACUUCAUUCAAGUUCUGAAAAUAAAUAAAUAAAUCUACCAUUAUAUUUUUUAAAAUCUAAAUUUUGGAGCUAAACUACUUGCCAUGCCCCCCUUCCCUUCUUAACAAGUUCAGGAGUCUCAUUUUUUAAAAAAAAUGUUGGGUGGAAAAUUGCAAGGUGGUGGUGGGAAAUCUGGGCUUGCCCAUCUGCCUCUUCCCUCCACCUCCCCAGGUGCCAAGCUGAGGCCCAGGUCCUGCAAACUUAUGCAAGUACUUAACUUUAAGCAGGCGAGUAGUUCCCCUGAGGUGUAAAGGUACUUGGGUGCUUCAAGCUAAGCAUGUGCCUAAGUCUUUGCAGGAUAAGGGCUUUCCUCUUUAUCCCAGAGAGAGAUUUUGAUGUAAUUUCUAUAAUGGUGAUGGUCCUGAUGCAACCCAUGUACCCUUCCUACCCACCCCACACUUGGCAUACAGGGUAUGGCUACCCUCUAAGCUGGUUGUGUGAUCCCAGCUCGAGGAGACAUUCACACUACUUCUUAUUGAGCUAAUGCACUAAAAACAGAGUGUAACUGUGACAGUGCGAACUGUGGGACAGGUUAGCCACUCUGCGGUCUCAGACGGGCAUGUACUCGGGGCAACUAGCCCAUCCUGCGGCUUGUGCCACUAUGGCUGCAUUCUAUUUUUAGUAUGCAAGCUCAAUGAGAGCUGGGGUAAGUAUGUCCCCUCAAGCUGGGAAUCACACACCCGCAGCCAACUGGAGACAUACCCAGAGAGGGGAGGUGGUGACUCUUUUUAAUUUAAAAUAAACCUAAAUAUCUUGUAACUUUUUUAUUUUGAAAAAUGCAUUUAAUUAAAGAAUCAUGCACGAAUGAAUUGUAUAUCUAUAUUUUUUUUGUCUUGUAAUUUUCAUUUUUAAAUAUAGUGUUUGCGUUUGCUUAUUUUAAUCCAGUUCCCAGCUGGCUAAACUCUGUCUAGAGUGGAUGGAUGGGAUGCGGGGUGGGGCGAUAGGAUCCCCCUCCUAUUGGCAUUUCCAGCGGAAAAAUGGUUUGCUCUGGAUUUGGGGGCGGUUUGUGCUAAUUACUCUUGUAUUCUUGUACAUUUUGUUCUUUCUGCUGCUCUUGAGUAUUGUAUCGAUGCCAGAAAUGGGGAGUUAAAGAAAAAUAUUAACCCCAAUAAAUAGUUACAUUCCAAA